AUGAUCACGCCAAUUCUCGCUCUUGCCCUGCCGUUAGCACUGCACGUCAAUGGUGCGGCGAUCCCCUCAUCGGCAACUGCGGAAGGCCUCGACAUCUCCGAGACCCUUCAGAACAUCCUGUCGAACAACCACAACAGCGAUGCAUACUCGUACCCAACUGAUCUGACCCGAGGAAUCAUUCCUAAGCCGAUUCACUCCCACAACGACUACUGGCGGGACAUCCCGUUCUACUCGGCACUAUCAGUGGGCGCCGUCUCCGUGGAAGCAGACGUCUCCCUGAUCAACGGGACACUGUACGUUGGCCACGAGCAGUCCGCACUGACAGAAUCCCGCACCCUCGUGUCCCUCUACAUCAACCCCAUCCUCAAUGUUCUCCAGCGAGAAAACCCCAUCACUCGGUUCGUGACGAGUCCCACGCGGAAUGGCGUCUUCGACACAUCCUCUGGCCAAACGUUAUAUCUGUUCAUCGACCUCAAAACCAACGGAACAGCCACCUGGCCCGCCGUGGUCGAGGCACUCCAACCUCUCCGCGAUGCCAAGUACCUGACCACGUGGAAUGGCACGGCCGUCACGCCGGGACCCGUGACUGUGAUAGGCACGGGAAACACUCCCUUGGACCAGAUCGCUCCCUUGUCGCAGCGAGACUACUUCUUUGACGCCAACCUGGCGCUCUUGAACAGCUCGCAGGCCAACAUCACCAGCGGCAUCUCGCCCAUUGCAUCCACCCAGUUCAGUCGCUACAUUGGGGAGAUCGAGGGCUCCGAAUUCAACGACACGCAACUUGCCACCCUGCGCUCGCACAUCAAAGUCGCUGCGGAUAAGGGCAUCCUUGGCCGGUACUGGGACACCCCGGCGUUCCCGAUCAGCAAGAGGAAUGCAGUGUGGAAGACCCUGAUUCGAGAAGGUGUCGGCCUCUUGAAUGCGGAUGACUUGCCAGAGGCCGCUGGCUUCGGCGGUAUUAACGGGUAUUGGUGA